CAAAUCUAUUUGUAGUCACACACGGAACAGCUCAGUAAAGACAUUAUCCAAAAAGACGAGAAUGGACCCAACAAUGUGUAUCAGGGCGUUUGUCUUAUGUGUCCUUAUGCCAGGAGCACUUGGCAGCGACUCUUUAUCUUACGACUGCACUUCGAACAACGAGGUUCAUAUUUCCGGUUUUCCUCCGAAUUCUUACUAUUACGCCAUGCAGAAUUCCACACAGUGCAAUGUAACGAGCACAGGAGCUCAAUCGAUUACAAUCUCGGGCUGUGCAAAAGAUUCAGAAAUUUUACUCACGUACGGUUCCUAUUCUGGUAUGGAGGCAUAUUCGUUACAUGGGGGAAAGUACGUGGUGGCAGUGAAAGUUACGUGCAACGAGAUCCCACUCACAGGAAACGUACAUAACGUCAGUGAAAUAUUUUCAGCCAACUUGACCAUUGGUGAGACGCAGUCUGUUGAUCCAUCUUACAAUAUAACGUCAGCUCUCAGCAGUUACUAUGUAACUGUCGGGGAUCAAAUCAUCUGGACAAUCAGUUUCCCAGUGCAGUACACGCUAGAAGUUACCGAAUGCACAGCCAGUCCUGGAACAAGCUAUGAUGCUGUGGAUAAAGUCGACCUCAUAUCUAUCGGAGGAUGCCAUGUAAGCACUGAACUUAUCAGCAAUUUUACAGACAAUGGUAAUGGAACAGCGUCUGCAAUAAUUGAUGCUUUCAAGUUCUACAGUAACGACCAAGUUUUCUUGACAUGCGACCUGAAGGUCUGUCCUAGCGGCUCAACCCAGUGCGACACCCAAUGUGCAGGUUCCAGAAAGAGAGAAGUAGGCGACAUAUUCAAAAGAUCCGCCCCGGGACCAGACAUUGAAGGAUUUUACCCAAGGAAUGUUCACAACGUUUUGACAGUUCUGAUUCCGAAUGAAAACAGCGCCAUAACAGUUACUCCAGUUGGAUGGACCUUUGUGUUAACCUUGAUCUUUGUGCUCUGCAAUCGUCUAUCAAGCGCCUUUUGAUGCCAACAGCAAAUGCCCUGCACAUGGAAAAUCCAUCUGACGUUUGCUACGCUAUGCAACUAUCAGUUGUUUUGUCGCGUUGUGUAUAGUUUUAUACGUAUAUUUUAUUCCAUGUUUUGACUACAUAUUUUGAAUUAUCAUAGAUAAUAAAUUUUUUUAACGAUA